AUGGAUCUCACUGUCAUGGACAUGUUUAUUCUUAUUCAUGUCUUGUUCGCUUUCAUCAAUACACACAUGACGCUUGUCGGGUUGCUCAAGCAACAAAGCCUGGUUCUACCGCCUUCGAAACAUGAAGCGAAUUCAAAUAAGAGCAUGAUUCCCGAGGACUCGAUUUUGAGCUCAAUACGCACGGCACUAGCCCGAUGGCGUGACUAUUGGGUUGCUCUAAGGAACAAAGUCUCAAAUGAUGAAUGGGCAUCUAUGGGAUUUUACAAGAAUGGAUACAACUUCUGGCUUGUAUCUCAGUUGCUAAUCACCAAGAAAGAUGCGGUUGAUGUGAUAAUGCAGAUGGAGGUCCACUGUGAAGAUAAGCUUGAGAAGUUGAAAGUGUUGCUACAAGAUGAGCAAGAUUAG